UGCAACAAUUACUUGGUUUAUCUCCACCGCUCCUCGAUCACUCCGAGAGAGCCACUCCGUGUCCAUCCUGACGACUUUUUCGCGCUACUGGACGCAGCUAACGGUCAAUUCUCAUCAUAAAGUUUCGCUCAAUCACUGCCAGCAGUAAUUGCGCCACGAGUUCAUUAAUUGGUUCAUUUGUAAUUGUUCAAACGAUAGAAAACCGACGAAUCAGCGGGAAAAUUUGAUAUGAGAGCGCGCGUCUUCUGAUAUAUUUUUUUUAUUCCAUUUUCCGGGGUCGGAGACUGAAUUUUGAGAUGGGAAUAAUGAUUUGAGUGGAGUCAUCGGCCCAGGUGGGUGAUUGUGAGAGUGAAGGUGAUAGUGGGUGCAGAUGUGGGCCUGACACUUGCUCCUGGAGAUUUUCACGUACUUUUGGGGGUAAAGGCGAGUGACGAUGGAUUUUCGGGCCCCAAUUGCCGGAAAAUGGGCCAGAGGACUCGCUGUCCUGUGCGCCUGCUAUUCAGCUCUGGGAUAUGGAAUGCUUCUGGAGGAGGAGAAGGACGCCAAGAAUUUUACAGCUUCUAUUGGAGAAUACGUAGUGUUCAACUGCCACCUUGAUUUUCCCCAUGAGAUACCGAUACCUUACAUUUUAACAUGGAACAGGGAAGGAAGAACUGUAUUCUCCUGGUACGAAGUACCGGGCAAUGAGAAGGCGAAUAGUAUACUAUCCAUUGCUGAUGACUAUUCAGGUAGAAUACACUUGCUCGAGGACAAUCUAUCCAGUGAUUAUGGACAUGGGAGCAUUAACCUCACGAAUAUCAGGGAGAGUGAUCAGGGAUGGUACGAGUGCAAGGUUGUUUUUCCAGACAGAUCCCCCAGUUCAAGGAAUAAUGGCACCUGGUUUCAUCUCAGCAUCGAAGGUGUGUCGCAACCGGGCGACGAUGUUGCAGGUGAAAAUCUUCUCGCUGUACCCCCCGUUAAUCGAACAGCAAUGGAGGGCGAGAUUGUGGAAUUUGAGUGUAUUGCAAAGGACAGUAGCACUGUCGUUAAUUGGCUAAGGGAUGGUCUUGAGAUCGAGCAGAUUGAGGAUCUCAGAGGUAGAAUAACAGUCAAUGAGAAUGGCACAUUGAUAAUAAGUCCUGCAGCAAUCGGUGACUUGGGAGAAUAUUCUUGUGUGGUAACUGAUGUCCUUGGAGAUCAGCAAUCAGCCUCAGCCUUCUUGAAUGUUCAAUACAAGGCCAAGGUCAUUUAUGCCCCACGAGAAGUAUUCCUCCCUUAUGGUAAAUCAGCCCUACUGGACUGUCACUUUCGGGCGAAUCCCCCGCUGACAAAUUUACGGUGGGAGAAAGACGGAUUUCUUUUCGACCCUUACAACGUCCCCGGUGUAUUCUAUCGGAGAAAUGGUUCAUUAUACUUCAGCAAAGUCGACGAAACCCACUCCGGAAGCUACAGUUGCACACCAUAUAAUGAACUUGGUACCGAGGGCCCCAGUCCUUCAAUUUCAGUGAUCGUCCAGAGACCCCCUGUAUUCACAGUAACCCCCCAACGUCUCUACAUGCGAAAACUCGGCGAAAGCCUGGAAAUUCCCUGCGACGCUCGUGACGGUGAUCAGUCCCAACGGCCAACAAUCGUCUGGUUUAAAAAGGACGGCUCACCUCUCCCGCAGGAACGCGCUAUUCUAAGGGGUGGAAAUUUGACCAUCGAAAGAAUUCAGGAGCAGGACAGGGGACUUUAUCAGUGUGCAGCGAGUAAUGAGGCUGCCACCAUCGUCGCUGAUGCUGAACUUAUGGUGCUCAAUGUACCGCCGCGAGCCCCGUACAAUCUGAAUGCCAACAGUAGUAGAAAUUCGGUGACACUAACCUGGGUCCCAGGAUACGUAAGGCCCAAGAUGGAAUACGCCGUUUGGUACAGGCCCACGGAUACCUCCGAGUGGAAGACAAUGAAGAUACCAUCGAAGAAGAUAACCGAAGCAACAAUUCCUAAUCUCUCACCAGGACGAGAGUACGAGUUUAUGGUUCUGAGUCAGGAUAAGCACGGGGAUGGAAUGUUCAGCAAGAGCAUUCGUGUCCUAACACAGAACACUAAAACAGGAUCUCUGGAUCGCAAUUCAGCGUCGGAAUUUCGGAGUACACAAGACGAGGAGGCGAAUGUGGAACCCCCACGAAACGUUCGAGUUCAAGUCACUGGCGAGGGAUAUUUGGUGACGUGGGAGCCACCGGUCGACGACAAGGACAUCAUCAAGAGUUACACCGUCAGAUGGUUUCGGGAUCCUGCGGAGACACUUUAUGGGAGAGCCGAGACCGUCGACACAUUUUACUUAGUUAAAACACUAGAAGAGGACACGAGCUAUAUAUUCGAAGUAUCGGCCAUUUCCAGGACCGAAGAUGUUUCCACUAGUGAACAAUUCACCCUGGAAGUGCCGGCAUAUCGUAGGAACCGAGCAAUUUCAAUGGGAAUUGUCGCAGGAAUAGCAUUCCUGGCAGCUGCCCUGGCAAUGAUCUGGUGGGCGCGUAAAAGAUUCUGCCAGCCUUCGUUAAAUAAAUGAGAUGCCCAGACGAGAAUGAGAGUUUAAUGAAUUCAGCUUGAAAUCACUAGCCGGCUAAUCCAUAUCACACGACGUAUACGUUAUUUUUAAUUGAUUGAUUGAUUAAAGAAAUAAUUUUCGGUUGAUUCUUAUUUAUUUAUUCAUUGUAGAUUUUUCUGUCAUCUUCGGCCAUUUUCGCGUCAGCCAAAUGCUGAUUCAAUUUCUUUAAAUUAAUGAUUAUCAACCAAAUUCGUUGUUAUAAACUGACCGACAAAUUUACGGGACUCGACGAAUUUUUAAAAUAUUUUUCGUCACGUUGUGCGGAAAGGCACCAUUUUCCACGGAAGCGUGUGGGAAAAUUCCCUUUCCCCACUCUGUGAAUUGAAAAUAUCCAUAACUCAUACGGACUUCAUGAAAAUGCAACAUUUUACGUUCCCUCCAGAUCGACUGUAAAUACAUAGUUUUUUUUCCAGAGAAUGAUGAAAUAAAGAGUCUUCUGUACAAGUGGA